AUGAAUCAUUGUCUGUUGGUACUACUUCUCAUCAUCUCUGCCCAGUUGGCCAUGCUACAACGUUGUAAUGCUCAGUGUAAUCCAGCCACGUUGACUCCAUUCUUCAAUGGAUCUAUCAUUGGUGUCCGUGUCGUCACUCUGGACCAGGAUGGUAACGUGGCCGUCUUCCAAGGCAACUCCAAGGGCACGAGCAACUUCUUCUUCUCUGUCAUCAACAAUGUCAACAGCUUCAAUGUGAUCACUUCCACACUGCAGUCCUGUGGCAGCAAUGGUCUGCUGCAGCCAUUCGAUGUCAACCAAGUGGUUCUGCCAUUUGAGAACUCUCAGGCCUUCACCAUCUCCAACCAGGCCGUGGUUACGCUCACGAUCAAUCAACAACGCACCAUUAUCCGACUGAGUUUCUGUUCCAGUGCUGUGGCCUUUGGAUCGGACUCCAACAACAUCCUCUACUCAUUCUACUUCACGUUCUCACCAUAUGGCCAGAUACAACAGACAUGCACACCAGGUAACACGACAACCACAACUACCACCACGGGCCCAUCGACCACGGCAGUCGCACCAACAACGUCUACAACUGGAUCAUCGACAUCUACGACUACAUCCACGUCUACAACUGGAUCACCUACAACAUCGACCACCUCAACUACCUCCUCUCCAACGACCUCGACCACUUCCACAACCGGCUCAACGACAUCAACUACCUCCUCUACCUCAUCAACUUCGUCGACAUCAACCACUGGCACUCCAGCAACCUCAUCGACAUCCACUACCUCUACUACAUCUCCAACCUCAACCUCAACCUCAACUACCUCCACAACAUCCUCUCCCUUUACAACUCUAACUACUCUCACAACAAUCACACCUACAUCAACAUCGACAACCUCAACUUCAACUUCAACAACAUCAUCACCACCAACUACUACUACUACUUCGACAUCAACAACAACGACAUCACCGUCAACCACUACUACUUCUUCAACAACAUCAUCUACUGUACCUAACCUUGCAUUCGUUCUUAAUCAAACCAACUCUUGGUAUCUUGGAGAUCAGAAGUACUACUUGAUCGAUGGCAAGAUGACCAACAUAGGUACGAGCUCGGUCAAGGAUUUGAAGUUAUCCUGCCCAACUCCGAUUCGUGAUUCUGCAUCUGUGUGGGGACUCGUUGUUGUGUCACCAGGCGUGUACACCCUCCCCAACUACCAAUCAACACUUGGAGCAGGAGAGACAUUAGACUUUGGCCUGGUAACUAUUGGUGACCCACAUCCAUCUUUUAAGGCCAUGUAG